AUGGCUUCAAGAGCCCAAUCCCCCAGCGGGAGCAGCGACACCAGCCCUUCUUUGAGGGACGCUGACUCGGGGUAUGCCAGUGGCAACAACAGUGAACUUGGGCUGCCCGAAGUGUACUUCACCAAGCCUCACCUGAAAUUCCUCAAUCGACAACUUCAAUUCCUUGAGCCGCCAGAGAUCCUUCGAUGGUGCAUUACCUCCCUCCCCCACCUCUACCAGACCACGGCGUUCGGCUUGACCGGGCUCGUCCAAUUGGAUAUGCUCUCCAAGCUCAAUAUACCUCGCCCUCAAAUGGUGGAUCUGAUCUUCAUCGACACCUUACAUCACUUCUCUGAGACACUGGAGUUGGUAGAAAAGGUUCGGGCAAAGUACCCUUUGGUCAACAUCCAUACCUUCAAACCAGCGGGCGCCGAGACAGCAGAAGAGUUUGCGGCCAAAUAUGGAGACAAGCUCUGGGAGUCCGACGAAGAGAGGUAUGACUACUUGGCCAAGGUUGAACCGGCCGAGCGUGCAUACCGUGAACUGCAAGCCUUUGCGGUCCUGACCGGUAGGAGGCGAAGCCAGGGAGGCGCCCGGGGUUCCUUAGACAUCAUCGAGGUUGAUGAGGCUGGCCUGAUUAAGAUCAACCCGCUCGCCAACUGGAGCUUCCAGCAGGUCCAACAAUACAUGAAGGACAAUGAUGUUCCAUACAACGCCCUUCUGGACCAGGGGUACAAGAGUGUUGGCGACUGGCACUCGACGCAACCUGUCCGGGAGGGUGAAGAUGAACGUGCUGGCCGAUGGAAGGGCAAACAAAAGACCGAGUGCGGCAUUCACAACCCUCGAUCCAAGUACACACAAUUCCUGAUGGACCAGGAGAAGAAGAGGGAACAAGAGGCCUUGGAUGAAGCGUUGCAAAAGGUCAGCAUCCAGGCAUGA